ACACACAUACUCAAUCGUGAACGUUUGCGCAAAGAAAAAACAGCGAAAUUUCACGGCGUCUGCAAAUUACGCGAAAAACCAUUAAAUUUUUGAAAAUAUAUAUAAUAAAAAUACACUUUAAAGAUGUCGAUUGGUGUACCUAUUAAAGUUCUGCACGAGGCUGAGGGCCACAUAAUCACUUGCGAGACAAUCACCGGCGAAGUCUACCGCGGCAAGCUCAUCGAGGCAGAGGACAACAUGAAUUGCCAAAUGACACAAAUUACGGUAACCUACCGGGAUGGACGCACGGCCAAUCUGGAGAAUGUAUAUAUACGCGGGUCGAAGAUACGUUUCCUCAUACUGCCCGACAUGUUAAAGAAUGCGCCGAUGUUUAAAAAGCAGACCGGCAAAGGUCUUGGUGGGACAGCCGGUCGCGGAAAAGCGGCAAUACUUCGAGCACAGGCUCGCGGUCGAGGCAGAGGAACUGGUCCUGCUGGCGGAGGUCGAGGCGGUGGUGGACCACCAGGCGCUCCCGGUGGCGGCGGACGCGGUGCCUGGCAAGGCGGUCCUACAGGCGGACGUGGACGCGGCGGCUUAUAAGAUGCAACAUCAGGAGCACAUUCUACUAUAUAAGUUAAGGGAAAUUAAUCUUAGCGGGCGGGUCGCAAAACUAACAUGUUGAAAAUCUAAUUAUUUGUCAAGAAAACCAGACGGAGAAUAUGAAAAUUGAAUUUCAAAAUGUGA